AUGCUCCCUGAAAGAUUAGAUCCUGCUUUAAUUCGUGAACACAUGUAUGAAGAGGCAAAUAAUUUUCAGCUUGCACUAAAAUCUUCAAGUGCUCCAAGGACUUCAGCCUUCAAUCCUAUAAUAGAUUCUGGUCUGGCGCGCUUUAACUGCGUAGUUGGCAACUGUAAAAAUAUCGAUCAAAUAACGACAAAGGAGAUCAUCCGCACACACUUAUAUGAUCAUUUUAACUUAUAUUUUGCGAUAUGGUUGAUUAUGCUGUUCCUUUGGGUCACAUACUUAACAAAAAGUUCAUACAGAGGGUACCCAUUUCCAUGGCAGGGCAAGAGAGUGAACAAAAACGAUGAUGACCUUGAUGCCGUUUACCACCACGUUACAGUGUAA